CUUGAAUUGAAAUGGUUUCUUAGUGUUUCCAUUUGUUUACUUUUUGACAUUUUCUCUCUGUCUAUAUUAAUAUCCUCAUAUCGUUCGAAAAGAGGGAUUGGGUUCAUAUUCAUCUUUCGAUCGCAAGACAUUCUAGCCUCCAUUCUCAGAUCAUCGAAGAAUUAGAGUGGGAAACGGAUAAAACGAUCAUCUGGCAAUGGGCGAUCAGGUGGCUAGGGCAGAUGAAUUUGAGAAGAAAGCAGAGAAGAAGCUCAGCGGCUGGGGCAUAUUCGGUUCCAAGUUCGAAGACGCGGCCGAUCUUUUUGAUAAAGCCGCUAAUUCCUACAAACUUGCUAAAUCCUGGGAUAAAGCUGGGGCUACAUAUGUCAAGCUUGCUAACUGUCAUCUGAAAUUGGACAGCAAACAUGAGGCGGCGCAAGCUUAUGUGGAUGCUGCUCACUGCUAUAAGAAAACAUCCACAAGUGAGGCAAUUUCUUGCCUAGUUCAGGCAGUGGAGAUGUUUUGUGACAUUGGAAGGAUCAGUAUGGCUGCAAGAUACGACAAGGAAAUUGCUGAGUUGUAUGAAUCAGAAGCAAAUAUAGAGAAGUCGAUCGAAUUUUAUGAAAAAGCUGCUGAUUUCUUCCAAGGCGAAGAAGUAACAACUUCUGCCAACCAAUGCAAGCAGAAAGUAGCUCAGUUUGCUGCGCAAUUGGAACAAUACCCGAAGGCAAUAGAGAUCUAUGAAGAGAUUGCCCGCCAUUCUCUCAGUAAUAACUUGCUCAAAUAUGGAGUUAAAGGUCAUCUUCUGAAUGCUGGGAUUUGCCAUCUCUGCAAAGGUGAUGUUGUUGCAAUUACAAAUGCGCUUGAGAAAUAUCAGGAUUUGGAUCCAACAUUUUCCGGGACUCGUGAAUACAGAUUGCUAGCGGAUCUUGCUAGUGCCAUUGACGAGGAAGACAUUACAAAGUUCACUGAUGUGGUCAAGGAAUUUGACAGCAUGACCCAACUGGAUUCUUGGAAGACGACCCUUCUAUUGAGGGUGAACGAGAAGCUGAAGGCGAAGGAGCUAGAGGAGGACGACCUCACUUAAUUUGGGUGUCUGGCUGAUGAUCAAUUACAUGACUAUAAUGUACGGGUUUGGUACCCAGUCCAGGGUCUUCUAUCUCCGGUAUCGUUUUGUGUACUUACUUUGAGAUUCGAUUCUGAGUGGGUAUGGUUUACGAGUUGUUUAAAUGUGCUUUGUAAUUGGUAGUAGGAUAUGGUUUCUGACUUGGGAUUUAUGAACACAGAAAUAUAUUGGCUGAAAAAACUCUUGUUGAUUCAAAGCGUGAAGGUAUAACUAUUUAUUGUUGAUUCAAAGCAUGAAGGUAUAACUAUCUAUGUGUGGUGAGGGGGUGCUAGAUUUUCGGUUGUUUCUGUGCAACGCGCGUCAUAUUCCACCUCUUGAUGCGGAAAGAAAUACGAAGAAAAAUA